AUGAGCAGCACUCCUUCUGCUCAAACAGACGAUGUGACCAUCCUGUACUACUUUGACGACGAGACGCUGGCAUACGACCUUGUGCUUGCUACGGAGGAUGCUAUAGUUGACGGGAAUAACAUGACAGAGCAAGUAGAAAAUAUGAUCACAGCUAUCAUUACGACCAUUGAACAACACUACGAGCAAAGGAGUUAUCCUGGUGAUUCAGAAGAGUUGCAGAAGCGGACAUUUGGCGCGUACGAUAAGUUCAAAUUCAUGUUUCCGGUUGAGGUACAGCUGAAGCCAAUGGAGGCAUAUUGGGUUGCCGAGCCAGGGUGA